UGAAACGAGGCUUGAUCAAAAUGGCGGCCUUCAAACUGAAGGUCUUACAAAAUUGUUGCUCAUUUUCCAAUCGUUUCUCCUUGUCCUUUCUUCGAACAGCUAGAUAUCAAGCUGCAUUUCGUAGAUGGAGUCACAAAGAAUGUUCUGUCGAGGUUGAAGUUGGAGGAAGGCAACUAAAGUUCUCCACAGGCAAACUCGCACUGCUUGCAGAUGGAUCGACCGUCACUCAGUAUGAAGACACCUCUGUACUAGUUACAGCAAUCUCAUCCAAGAAGCCAUCAGAAAAUUCCUUUUUGCCUUUAGUGGUUGACUACAAGGAGAAGGCUUCUGCAGCCUGUCUUAUUCCUACCACAUUCCUGAGGAGGGAUCUGCUUGCUAAUGAACGGGAGAUACUGGUCUGUAGGAGAAUUGAUCGUUCUGUGAGGUCUCUGUUCAUGAAGGGUUACACAUAUGACACACAGAUCAUAUCACAUCUUCUGGCCGCUGACCGGUUCAACAAUCCCGAUGUUGUGGCUGUGAAUGGAGCAUCUGCAUCACUUGCUUUGUCUAGUAUCCCUUGGAGAGGACCUGUAGGAGCUGUGAGAAUUGGGGAUGUUGAUGGUCAGCUGGUGGUGAACCCCUUGCGCCAACAGCUGGAGCAUAGUCAGCUUGAUCUAGUCGUCACAAGCAGUGAGAGCAAGAUAGUGAUGGUUGAAGGGUUUGCUAAAGAGGUCCCUGAUGAGAGACUUUGUGAGGCCAUAAAACUUGCAUUUUCUGAGGCCCAGCCAAUCAUUCAAGCAAUCAAGGAGCUUCGUUCAUAUGCAGGAAAAGAGAAAAAGCAUUUCGACAUCAUAUCUCCCUCACAACAGCUCAGUGAUGCAGUUGAAGAAUUUGCUGCCCCAAAGCUUGCUGAUAUUUUUUCUAACUUCGCUUAUUCCAAGCUUCAGAGAGAUGACAGAAUAUUUGGACUUAGAGAUGAAUGUGUAGAAAUCUUUCAAGAUCAAUUCCCUGAUUCUGGUCCUGGACUCAUUGAACAGGCUUUCAAUGCAGUCAACAAGUCUGUGUUCAGAGCAAAUAUACUGGAGAAACUGCAAAGAUGUGAUGGUCGCAAGUUUGAUGAACUGAGAAGUAUUGAUUGUGACAUCAACUUAUAUAAAACCCUUCAUGGCUCAUCCUUAUUUAAAAGAGGAGAGACACAGGUAUUUUCAACUGCAACGUUUGGAUCUGUCGGUUCUGCAGCCAAGGUGGACACUAUAUCUGAAGCUGUUGGGGGCAGCAAAGAAAAGCAGUUUAUGCUGCAUUAUGAGUUUCCACCUUUCUCUACAAAUGAGGUGAAACAGAGGCGAGGAAGCUUUGAUCGUCGUGAGAUAGGACAUGGUGCGCUGGCAGAGAGAGCUCUCGUCCCAGUUCUCCCUGAUGAGCUCCCUUUCACGUUACGUUUGACGGCCGAGGUUCUUGGAUCAAAUGGCUCGUCAUCCCUUGCCUCGGCGUGUGCUGGUAGUCUGGCUAUGAUGGAUGCAGGAGUUCCAAUCAAGUCACAUGUAGCUGGCUCUGCCUGUGGACUGGUGACGAGCUCUGAUGCUGAAGAUGCAAGCAAGAGAGAUAUUGACAAUUACCAGCUAUUGACAGACAUAUUGGGCAUCGAGGACUACUUGGGAGACAUGGAUUUCAAGAUCGCUGGUACAAGGCAAGGAAUCACUGCCCUUCAGGCUGAUUUCAAAGUUCCUGGUCUUCCUGUAGCCAUUGUAGAGGAAGCGAUCAGAAGAUGCUCAGUUGAUCGAGCAAAAGUAUUGGAUGUUAUGGAAGAAGUUAUCCCAAUUGCAAGAGAGUUCAAGAAAGACAAUAUUCCCGUGUCAGGGAGUGUCCGGGUGCCUCUGAGUAAGCGUGGCAGGCUGAUUGGGACAGGAGGGAUGGUCAUACGAGCGCUUCAACAGGAACUCGGCGUGUCCAUAGAUCAGGUCGAGGAGGAGGAGUUCUUGGUGUUUGCGCCUGAUCAGACUACAUAUGACGAGGCCAUCUCUAAAAUCAACGAGCUGCUUGUGGACACUAGUAUAUUUGAGGAGUUGACCUCUCGACUGACAGAAGGCGCUAUCUACGAGGGCAAGAUCGUGGAAAUGAGAGCAUAUGGACUCAUGCUAGAGCUGUUUGCAGACUGUCCUACAGUCUUACUUCAUGUCCGAGAACUGGACCAUGCCCGGGUUCAUAGACCGGAGAUGCUGGGUUUCAAGGUCGGUGAUUCUGUCAGCGUCAAAUACCUCGGCAUCGACAACAAGGGCCGACUGAACAUCUCAAGGAAAGCUCUCCUCCCUCCCCCACCCCCACGACCAUUCUCAGGCUCACGUGGCUCUUACAAGGCUAGCGGCGGGUCACGCUACUCCAACCAUGGUGGUAACGCGUCACGCGACUCAUACAAGGAUGGAAACGCGUCGCCGAGAAGAUACACAAGAGAUGAGUCGACUGAAGACGGCUACUAUCCCGACGACAGGAAGUCUAAUUAUCGUUGGAAUGGUAACGACAUGUCACGCAAUGAUUACUCGAGACAUGAGUCACGCAACUCUUUUCCAAGACGUGAUUCACGUGACGGACCAAGAGGGUAUGCGCAAGAGAGGAGGGACGGGUUUAGAAAUUCGAGGUAUUCAAGGGGUCGUGAUCAAAGUAGCAAAACAAGAGAUAUGGACACCUUCGCAAUGGAUCACAAGGACGCUGAUGACGCAAUCGACUUCUUGACCAAUGAGGAUAUGGAGAGAUGACCACGUGACCUUUGAUUAUCACGUGGCAACAAAUCUCUAUUUUUGGAGUUAUUAAAAUAACAGAGGUUUAUCAUUUAUUUUAAGCGCUGCAAUUAUAAUGAUAAAAAAUCCUGGUUCUCAUCAGCAAAAGACUCUUUAAAUCUCGAAAAGUAAAAAAAAAAGUGGUGGCGUAUAGGUUAACAAGUGUUACAAUACUACAGACAUUAGUUAAAACAAUAAAAAAGGCUCCUAUAAAA